AAGUCCUGAGACAGCCACAGUCAAAGUUGCAUCAUGUCCUCCUGUCCGGCAGAGGGCGCUGUUUGUAUGUCUGCACCUGCUGAAAGCGGCCGAAAGUUACAGGUUCCCUUUAACAGAAGUCGCGUGUAACUCCAGGCCGGCUCUGCCCCGCGUGCAGGGACUCGAAGCACUAACCGACCCAAACCCGGAGGCUCGAGCUCUCAAACCUCUGAAACCCCUUAAACCCUCCUCACCGGCCCGGAAAACUCUCACUAUCUCCACUGAACUCUGCGUUAAACCCUAUGGUUAACCCUGGGAGUCUACAUUCAGAGCUGUCAGCGAAGGGUUUGUUACAGAGGUGUUGUGAAUUUAGGACACUGUUGGUUUGAACGACUCGACAGGACGACAGGAGUUUAGUGAAGUUUAGCGUUAACGGUCCGAACAGUUCAACCGACGGUCAGAGCCGACCUGACGACAUGGCAGAGGAGCUGGAGCAGAUCCUGUCUCAGCUGACACAGCCUGAUAAUGCAGUUAUUCAGCAGGCCACAGCCCAGCUGAAACAGGCAUUCAAAGACCCUGCUAUCAUACCAGCCCUGUGUGCAGUGAUGGGCAGCUCCCAGAAUCAUCAGAUCCGUCAGUCAGCUGCAGUGAUGCUGAGGCUGAGAGUGAAGAAACACUGGAAGAAGAUCAACCCUGAUGACCGGGAAAGCCUCAAGGCGGUGGUGCUGCAGGCCUUCAUGCAGGAAACAGAGCACACAGUCCAGCACUCGCUCUCCCAGCUGUGUGCAGUGAUGGUUAAACAUGAGACACCAGACCGCUGGCCCGCCUUACUUCAGCUCCUCAAUGAAUCCACCAAAAGCAGCAACCCACAUGACAGACAGAUUGGCCUUCUGUUGCUGAAUAAGGUGGUUGAGUCUAACCCUGAGCCUUUCAACCCUCACUACUGCCAGCUGCUACAGCUGUUCAGCACCGUACUUCAGGACCACGACAACCCAACAGCCUUGUACUACUGCAUCCUCACGCUCACAGCAAUGACUGCUUACACUGGCACAAAGGAGAUGAACCAGAUGCGUGCCAUCAUCCCAGGUCUGAUCAAUGCUCUGAAACAUCUGAUCCAAGCAGAUGAGGAAAAAGCCAGCGAGGCCAUGGAGGUGUUCAAUGAGCUGAUGGAGAGUGAGGUGUCCAUUAUCGUCCCUCAUAUCUCUGAUGUGGUCCACUUCUGUCUGGAGGUUGGCACUGACACCAAUCUAAGCGACUCCCUGCGGGUGAAAGCACUGUCUUGUAUAAUCUUCCUAAUCAAGUUGAAGAGCAAGACGGUGCUGAAGCAGAAACUGCUGAACCCCAUCCUGCAGUCUAUUUUCCCUGUCCUGGUUGCAGCUCCCCCUCCUGGUGAGCAAGACCCAGAUGAUGAGGAGGAUGACAGUGGAGAUGGCACUGACAAUGACAAUCCCAAACACUGUGCCUCUCAGAUUAUUGACUCCAUGGCACUCCAUAUGCCCCCUGAGAAACUGUUCCAGCAGCUGAUGCCCCUCACUCAUGCCUGCCUUGCCAGUGAAGACCCCUAUCAGAAGAAGGGUGGUCUCCUGUGUCUUGCUGUGCUAGCUGAAGGAUGUGCUGACCACAUACGCACCAAGAUGCUGUCGUCAGUGCUGCAGACAGUGUGCCAGAGUCUUUCUGACAGCAAUCAGGUGGUGCGCAGUGCUGGCCUGUUUGCCCUCGGACAGUUCUCAGAGCAUUUACAGCCUGAAGUGAGUAAAUACUGUGCAGAGUUGAUGCCUUUGUUGCUGGGUUACCUCUCAUCCUUGAACCAGGCCAAGGUUGGCCAUGUUACCCGGGCCUUUUAUGCCUUAGAGAACUUCAUGGAGAACCUAGGCGCAGACAUCGAGCCGUACCUGCCCACCCUGAUGGAAACUAUGUUGUCUGCUCUCAACAACACCGACAACCUCAAAAUAAAAGAGCUUGCUGUGUCCGCCAUAGGGGCCAUUGCCAAUGCUGCCAAGGAGCUGCUGGUUCCCUACUUUCCUCCAGUCAUUGAAAGCCUGAAAGGCUUCCUGACCGCUACCACUGAGGAGAUGAGGUCCCUGCAGACUCAGUCUUUGGAUACUCUUGCUGUGCUGGCCCGGACUAUUGGGAAAGAUGUCUUCAGUCCUCUUGCUGCAGAGUGCGUUCAACUGGGCCUUAACCUCACUGACACCAUUGAUGACCCUGACUUGAGGCGUUGCACGUACGGUCUGUACUCUGCUGUAUCCACAAUCAGCCCGGAAUGCCUGACUCCACAUCUCACUGCCAUUACAACCGUUAUGCUGCUUGCCCUCAAGUCCAAUGAAGGGAUAACGGCACACCUUGAAGAGGACAAGGCAUUCGUCCUGCUGGAUGAAGAUGACGACGAUGACCAUGAAGUAAAAGAUGAACACAUUCUGGAAGAUGAACCUGAGACAGAUCUUCAUGAUGUUGGAGGGUUCACUGUAGAGAACGCCUACAUCGACGAGAAGGAGGAUGCCUGUGAGUCUCUGGGAGACAUUGCCUUCAGCACUGGCGCUGCUUUCCAGCCCUUCCUGGAGUCCAGCUUCCAGCAGGUGUUUGAGAUGAGAGACUAUCCCCAUGAUGAUGUCCGCAGGGCAGCAUUUGGAGCGUUGGGCCAGUUUUGUCGAGCUCAGUUCAUCGUUUGGAAAGACAAUCCCACUGAGGCUAACCACCAGGUCCUCCUGAAGCUGUUGGAUGUGGUUCUUCCUUGCUUUCUGGAAACAGUGCGCAAAGAGCACGAGCGCCAGGUUGUGAUGGGAGUCCUGGAAUCUAUGAACAAUGUUGUCAAAACUUGCAAGGGGGAGGUUUUCAAGAACCCUUCACGCCUUAAAGAUAUCAGCAGUGCAAUCCUUGAUGUGCUUAAGAAAAAGACUGUGUGUCAGGAUGGUGGAGGUGAUGAUGCUGAAGAUGAAGACCAACAGGCAGAGUACGAUGCCAUGCUCCAAGAGUUUGCAGGGGAGGGAAUUCCCCUUCUGGCUUCUUCUGUACCCGCAGACAGCUUUGCCCCAUUCCUCAACGACCUGCUUCCUCUCAUCAUGAGCAAAGCUAAAUCCUCAUGCACAGUGGCAGACCGGUCCUUCGCUCUGGGUACGAUUGGAGAAAUCCUGGAGGCCCUGGUGAGUGUGUCCGGGGGCCGUGGAGUGGCAGGCAGACUGUCCAAUCGUUUGCUCCCUGUGCUCGUAGCAGGAGCGAGGGACAGCGAUCCUGAGGUCCGGAACAACAGCGUGUUCGGACUGGGAUGCCUGGCUCAGGCAGCCGGACCCAUCGUUGUGACAGACUAUCCCAUGAUGCUGUCUGUGUUUUCUAACAUGCUGACCAAAGAGUCAGACCGCAGAGUGAUCGACAACCUGUGUGCGGCCCUCUGCAGGAUGAUCAUGAGUAAUGCGGAUGCCGUCCCUCUGGAGCAGGUGGUGCCUGCUCUGGUGGCUCAGCUUCCCCUUAAAGAGGACUUAGAGGAGAACAAGACGGUGUACAGCUGCCUGGCGAUGCUCUACACACACAGUCCUGCUCUGGUUCUGAAGGCGAUGAAGCCCAUAGUUGCUGCAUCCACUCAUGUUCUUGGCAACAAGAAAGUUGAUGAAGAUGCCCAGAGCACUUUGGCCAUGCUGAUUAAAGGAUUUGCUCAGCAGCACUCUGCAGACUUCCAAGCAGCGGUGACAUCACUUCCAGGAGAGCAGCAGGCCUUACUCAGUGCAGCCAUCUCGAGCUGAGAGCCCUCACACAUCCUCACACUCUCGUGAAAGCCAGCCAGAAAGAAUCAUUUUAUACUGUAGGUAGAAUCGGGACAGUUUUUGGAGAUGUUCCCCAAAUUGAUCUAAAAAUAGCACUUCAGCCGUUCGAGUGUAGUUACCAGAUUUGGAUGUUACGCCUCUUAGCAUUUCCUUUUAAUUUAUUUGCUCCCAAGCAUGCAUGUUAAAGUUUUAUUAUUUUAAGAGUUCCAGUUUACCAUCCUGUGUUCCCAUUGUAUUUGUGUUCCUGUAAUGUGCUUCCAUGAAUUGCUUCUGUCCCCUUUUUGCCACUGUUGUGAGUGUGAGGCGAUGAAUUUGAUCUCCACAUAAAUGUAACUUCAUCCUGA